AUGCAUCUUAUGUUCUCUUUUGUCUUGUCAUGCAAGGAAGCAAAGCUUCAGUUAGAAAAUUGUUCAAAGCGGAAGAGUAAAGUGGAUGCUCGAUUAUCGUUUGCUGAUGAUAUAACAAUGGAACUGAAGAAGAAGAUGAAACUUCUGGGAUGGAAAAAGUGCACAAAGGUGACAUUUCUACGAGCUGUUCAGCAACAGCUUGCUCUAGAAUUCCAGGAAGCCUGGACUGCUUCUGUGGAAAAUCUACUAUAUUUAAAAGAGGAUCUAAUCAUUCCACAUAAACGCAGUUUCUAUGAGCUAAUCAUGAACAAGGCAAAAGACAAAAGUGGACCAGCUGAAAUCAUUGACAUGAUGAGGAUACUUUGCGUGCUUGAUAUAGUUGAUUCCCAGAGUCCACAAGGGAAAAAUUGA